GUCAAAAGGCCAGCUGUUUUCCGUACCAGUGCUUUGUUUAUUUUCAAUUUGGAAGAAAAUACACCAAUCGUUUAUCGCUCACAUCCGAGAAAAUGGGACUUCCUGAUUUACCGGGCCAGCCGGAAGACGAUAGCGCCUUUACGAUGGACGAAAACAAUACCGUACACCUGGAACCCUUGAGCGAAGAUGAAAGUGACAACGAAUCCAUGGAUGCGAACGGCUAUGCCGGCUAUCAACCAUUGAACAUGGACGAACUAAAUCACCCAAAUCGGAGGCCGUCCCUAAUGGAGGAUGAAGCGGAGUCGGGUGUCGGGGAGGGAGAAUCAGUCGGGUUGGAUGUAGCGAAUAACAGCAUCAAUGCAGAUUUUCUCAACGUAGACGUCUGGAAUGCACCACGGCCCAAUGAGUUAAACAUCGAGCUGGAUUCUUCUAAAGCCGCUGAGAUAGUGAACGUGAUGGCCGGCAUAAAACUGCCCACCACAGCCGUGCCGGAGUGGGCCCGCGGAGUGCCGGAAGAAGAAUGGAAGGAAAAUUUACUACAGCGAAUUCGCCAACGACAGCAAACGGAUGUUGACGAUGGAUGUAGCACCUCCUUCACGGUGGGAAGCAGUUGCCCGACGAUACCCAAUAGCAGUAGUAGUAGUAGUAGCGCUGGUGGUGAUGGUAGUAGUUCAAGUACUAGGACGUGAUUUAUACGCCAUACAUACGAUUCAUGCCAAUAAUAGCGUCAGCUUUCAUUCCCACGUUCCUCCUCACCCCCCAAUUCCAUGCCACGGAUCUCACACAGCAACGGCAUUGAUGCUUGAUGGUAAUGUUUAAAAAAAUGGUGAAUUGAAUUGGCUCAACCACCUUCUUCUAUUUCCACGUUGCAUCCUCGAAUCCUUCUUUGAAUACAAUAAAGCGCACAGCGGGUUCACAUUGGCCCGGCAAGCCGGCAAAGGAGUUGUUGUUCUAUUUAACGAUUUAUUUUAUGCGAAACAUGAAUGCCACAAACUUCCAAUUCCAGGAGAGGCGGAACGUACAGUGUAGCAUAAUGGCACGCGGUUCACUGCGCGCUGGAACUCGGCAUAUGCGCCCGUGCGAUCACCAGGCCAGACCUUUGCCACAUUUGUACCGUUUAGUCGGCAGGCAUGCCGUGCAUUUGCAUUUCCGUUGCACUUCCGCCUUGCGCGUGUCCGCUACUGGGAAGGGGGUAAAAGCAAAUUCCAUUCACACGAAUCCCAAAGGAAAAAGGUGAAUGUCGUCGUACAGUGCGAGCACGUUUCAUAAAGUCUGACCCGACCCGAGUGGCCAAAUUUUCCCUAAUGCUAACGCUUUAUCCGGCAUGCAUGCAAGGGAAAAUGAACUUUUAAAAUAACACAAAAAUGUUCACACGUAAUUUAACAUAUCCGCGCGCGUGCCCGCCGUUGGAAUUCGCCCGCCGCCGUAUGCCGGCUCUAUAUGUGCAAGUCACUCGAAGGGAGGGGGGGGGGAGGACUGGGAUUAAGUGCGACCGCGCUGAUUGCUAUGCUCGAUAGAGUGUAAUCGUCCGGUACCGGUGUAGUGCCGGACCAGGACCGUACCGUAGGCGCAUGCAUGCAAUGUGUGGCGGCGCUAAUUGAAUACACGUUGAUACACCC